UUAUUAUUUAUUAUUAUUAUUAUUAUUAAUAUAUGAUUAUAUUGUGUUUUCAUACAGUAUAUCACUGAGACAGAGGAUCUCUGUUUUAGGGCUUCAUUUCUAAUGUGUCCUGAGCUUUGUUUGUCUCAGGGUGUGUGUUUCGACGUCCCGGCCAGCAAAGUGAAAGAGAUCCAGGACAAAUGGCAGGACGGCAAGCGCUGGCAGCUGAGCGAGGCCACAGAGCUCCCUGAGAUGUCCGUCGGAUUCGGCUGUGGACGAGGACACUGCUCAUUUGGCUUCAAAGGCAAUAACAGUUUGGGAGGUAGAAGAGGACCAGGAGGUCCUCAGAAACAGCUUCAGCCAGUUCUUUAGUUACUGAUGUGGACUCUGAUGGUCUGGCAGACUGUCUAGUUUUAGUUUUUUUUUACUGCCGUUUCGCUCUUUAAUCGGCCAUUAAGUACCAUGAAAUAUGCAAUUGCUUUAACUUGCAGUUGUGUUAUUUAUACAACU